AUGGCGAACCGGCUUCUUUUCUAUACCGUAGAAGUUUUACUCAGUGCUGUGAUGUUAUGGUUUCCAGUGAAAACCUCGGGUAAGUUUUUAAUUUUCGAUUUUCAAUUUUGGAUUCAAUAGUAGAACGACCUUCAUUCCCUUUGUAAUGUUUCACUGUUAGAACACGCGCAGUUGUUCUUUUGUUGGCACAAUAGUGAUGGCUAUUUAUUUUCCGAUAAAACCUUCACUCAUAUUUCUUCAUUAAGAAGUAUAUAAGAAAACCAUCUUUAAAGCUUAAAAAUGUCAUAGUCAUUUUCGUAAUAGAGAUUCUUCUUUACCAUAAGGUGACCACGCCACUUACAUGUGCAGUAAUCUUGUGUUAUCUUUCAUCAGAUGAUAUUCCCGUCUAUUUUGUCAUUAACGCUCUAAAUAAUACCACAAAAUCUUAAUAAAAAAGGCAAUGGGUAAUAAGCGUUUCUUUGUUUUAUAUUAUAAGUCAAAAUUUCCAUGCUUUGAAAAACGUUUCUUCGUGCGUCCGACAACAUUUUCACUCGGCGUAGUAAUAGUUUAAGUUUACCCUGUUCAGUAUUUUAAAAUAAACUUUGAAAUAUUUACUGUAUAUUAUUAAAAGAUACUAAAUUGACGACAUAAGAGAGACGGAAAUUAAAUUUUGUACCAGAUUUCAAUUUAACGUGUUCCUCAAAAUUUUUGUUGGGUGAACUACAGCGAAAGGCCGUUACGAUAUUAAUGUAUAGGAAAACCCGAAGUCCAUGAAAUGGAGAAAACGACACAAAAUUAAAAUUCAGUGGUGUAUUGAUUUUCUUGAUGAAUAUGCGAUGUUUAGAUUCUUGAAAAUUGCUAAUAUUCGAUCAGAAUUUUAGACCUUAGGCCCAUUAUCAUGAAUAUUCAGGCAGAUCACACAUUCACUGACAACGUACAGAGUUCAACACUUUGGUUUAUAUAAUCAGGAUAAUUUAGAUAAGUGGAGUUUUAUUGGGGAAUAAAGUGUUACUUCAGUGUAACAUGAGCAUGUUAAAAGGCACUUUUUAGGGAAAUUUAGGAUCAGCCGUGAUUUUCUUGUCAUCCCUGAAAUUAGACAGGUAACUACUGGUGACUACCGGUAAAAUCUUCAAUUUAAAGCGUUUGCAUUGAAAAGUGAAAAAAAACCCAGGCCAAGGUUAAUUGCUGAAAAUAAGACCAAGCUGGGACACUUUUUUAACGAAGCGUAAGAUGCAUUACUCUUUUAGCAGUGUGAUUAUACACUUAUUACCAAAUUAAAUAAGGAGAACGAUAAUUUUAUUUUAUUCUUCCAAUAAUGACCUGCCCCAGAUAAGAGCACUCAAGAAAAAUCUUUGCCUGAGAACGCAUGUACGGGUGGAAACAUCCAGGCGAGUACACGAUUGAGUUGAAACGCUGAAAAUUGCGAGCACACUAGUUUUUCUGGUCGUCAGCCAUCAUAGAACCGAAGGACAAUUCUAAAAAUGUUUUGCCUUUUGCGUUGUAUUGUACAGUUUAAAAGAUGUGUUGAUUAUAAAUUAAAAUUUUUGGUUGACAAUAAAACCAGAAUUCCACUUCCACGUCUUGACGAUACAAGAACGGAUAUCACAGCAAUCUUUAUUGAUCAAACCUCUCCCGUUUACGUUGUUAGAAUUGUUUGAAGGCUGUGAGCGUACACUAGAUGAGAAAAGCAGGGGUUGUACAUCGAAAAUUGGAUUUUUAAUUUAAGUGACGCGUAUCAACAUAUUUCAGAAAGCUUCAUUAGCGUGACUUACAAACCCAAACAACAGGUGCUUCAAUUAUUUGAUAGAUCAGAACACGCCAAAGAACAGCUGCAUACUCAGUGUCUACAACAGAAUCCCAGCGCAUUAUUAUUGCUUUAAGAGUUGUUCAUAAAUAUUAUUUCGGUUAGAAAAUUUAAAUACCUUUCUUCCCUGAAACACAAACGUAGGACGCAAAAAUGUUUUAAAACAGAAUUUGUUUCAAUGGGUUAUUUUAAUUUGGAAGAGACAAUCAUCUAAAUUUCUUACUUCUCACGCAAUGUAUUUUUCUAGUUUUCUUUCGACUGAGCAAAUAAGAGUAUCGCUGCUUUAGGCAUAUACUGUGAAAGGAAAAAUGAGCGACUAUCGGUUUGUCCUAAUGUCAGUUCUGUCAUGGCUACAAACAGAUAACACCUUUCUCGAUCUGCAUAAUCAUUCAUAUCAUAAUCAGCCUCAUUCAGUAAUUAUUUAUGAUAAACACUGUAUAGUAAUUAGAAAUAAUGAAAUGAAUGUAUUUUGUGGUUUAAUUUAAUUACUACAUUGAUAUUGUAAGGAUGAUAGUUUUUACGUUUCUGAGUUUACUGCAUUUUUUCGUUGUAAAAAUGAGAUCUUAAUGGGUUUUAUCCUCGUCUUCGGUCUUUUUUAUUACUUAGGAAUCCGCAAACCAUGUAACAUACCGUAGACGUAGUCACCGUGACACAAGGCAAAUAUAAGAAUUUUUAAUUUUAUAUAGCUGUGUGUGUAUUCUGCCCACAGGCAGGUCCUUCCUUAUAGUUCUCGAUCUAAGGCGAACCUGUUGACUGCUACGUAAGUGAGGGCUGCCAUUCUUUACUCUAUCCAUGCAGCAUUCCCACUCGAGGUCUUCCAAGUGGACUCUUUCCUAUUAUUCUUCCCUCAAUAAAUAAUGGGACAAGAUCACCAUGCCGUAGGUUAUGACCAAACCAGACUCUCUGGGCCAAAUAUUUAAACGUGGUUUAGCCAGUGUUCUAAGUCAUUGUCAAUUUACCCCAACGAUUUUAUCUGAACUUCAUUUAUUGUGACCAGUUUUAUGAAAGCAGGUAAAGAACACUAGAAAAGCAUUAAUAUUCUUAAAACAACCCACAAAAGAAGAGAUCUGGACGUUCAAUGAUCCGUCAAACCAAUAAUAAGUUAUAGACUUCGUUUAAACAUUUUGCCCUCUAAGUUCUGUUGAUAACAGACAUGAUAUAUGGCUCUCUAAAGCCACAUCUCACUGCUAUCCAGUUUACGCACGUGUCCUCUUUCUUCAAGCUCCAUGAUUCGGCUCUAUACAGAAGAGUACUCCAGAUGACAUUCUUAAUAAUUCUCUUCUUCAGGCAAAGCCAAUGCUUUUGUCAGCAGGUCUUUCUCUUAGUAAACACGUUCUUUGUUCGGGCUAUACUCUAUCUAAUUUCUUCUUCACAGGAUCCGGCGUCCUGUGUAAUGAGGCUCUCAAGGUAGUUAAAGUGCCAUUCUUGACUUAAUUAAUUGUUUACCCGCAAGAAAAGAUCGUGAAUUCCUCACCAGGACUCUUACUUAUUUUUAUCAUGCACCUUAGCGGGCGUCUUAACAUUGAUCUUCAUACCAUAUUCUUCCACCGUUUCCUGCUUAGCUACUGGCUGAAAAAAUGUCUCGUACAAACUUUAGUGUUAUUGAAAAAAUAUUUACGAACGUUGACGACUGCGAGUAGUUUCUUAUUUUUUCCUAAAGUGGCAUGCUUAACACGCGAGUGGCAGUAGAGUAGCCGCAAGACCGAGUAACCAGGGUUUAGCUGGGUUUACUGAGGUUCUGUAAAAUAAAACACCAUUAUUAUUAUCCCUUAUUUAUUUAGUUAUAUUAGCCCGGCCCCAUCAAUUAUUAUAUUAUAAAUUAAUAUUCUGAAAAAGCUACCUUACAGAGGUUAUUUUUAGUAGAGAUUUUGUUCACGAUUUCAUUCAUUACUGUCUUUUGCAGGUCUCCAGCCUCCAUCAGGGGUGAAUAUUAAGGCAGUAAACGGAUCGGAUUUUUUGAUUAUAUCAUGGAACAACCAAAGGGAUGUCCCAUUCUACAGAAUUUUGUUCGCUAAUCCACCGGAUGAGGCUGGUCCUACGCCCGUGUACUGUUUACCUGACAAUACAACAUGUAGUUACUGCGUGUCAAACCUCAAUACACCAGACGUGUCUUGUAUUACACUCAACAGCCAUUAUACGGUGUCCAACAGUAUAGAACUUGAUUACGAGCAGCUAGUUAGUGUGAGAGUGGAAGCGUGUAAGGAUUUAAACCCAGACGAAUGUCCACAGCGUAGUGAAUGGACAAAUUAUACCAUUCCUCCAGGAGGUAAGUUGCAAUUGAAACUAAGAGCAAGAGCUACAAAUAGAAUCCCCUACACUCAACUGGGACUUGCCUCCUGUUUUGUUUAGCUAGCGUGAGGAUGAGUUUACGUUGUCUUUUUUUUUUUCAUGGUAGCACCGAGUCCUGUGAGGAAUGUUCACGCACGUCCAUUGUCAUCAAAUACUGUCGAGGUCAGCUGGACUGCACCAAAUCAAACCAGGGGAACGAUAGUACUGUACUCUGUACUUUACAAAAAAGAAAACGUAUGUUGUCUGCAAGUAUAUGUUUAUAGUUGUUAUCAGUUUGCUUAGUUUUAAGGGUAGAGAAGGAGGCUGAACAUGCGCUGUGAAGACACUAAACUCGUUACCAGGAUUUUUCUCUUGUAGAUGUGGGGAGGGAUUCCUUUUCUUGUAGAGACCUUUUGGAUGUAAAUGUAUUAAUAUGAAAAUUCACAGCGAGGCCCAGAACAGAGGACGCAGAAAAAAAAGAAUAAACUGUUAUCCACAUUUUGCUUCCAACCCUGUGUUAAGUGGACAUUGAAUAUCUUCAAACAAGAGAAAUUCUCGUUCUUCAACGUCAGGGAGCCUCAGCAAAGACAUUUUUGAGCGACGCACGUCCAUCGGAAGUGAGGCCUUCCCCCUUUUUAUAUGCCUUGACGCACGUUCCGUGACUCUAACAAAUUUGUAUUCAUAUUGCUGAGUGUCCUUUCUCUUUUAAAAACCAUUCGCCCGAGAGUUUGAACCAAACCACUGCCAACGGAUGCAAAAAUUCCACAUCUGGUUGACAUGCUCUCUCAACGCUGUGGAUUAAGCUCCCAUUUAUUAAUUAAGGAAAACUCGGGGGAAUGAAUUUUGUGGCAAAUCACUUGCGAAAAGUGAGGAGAGCAGGGGCGUAGCUACCUGUACACAUGGUACGCUCGUGCGUACCUAAAAAAAGCCGUGUACAAAAAAGAUAUAAAAUGAAUAGACAAUAAAAAAUGAAAAGUUAAUUCUAAAAAGAAAGCAAAAUAUCUAAAGAUAAUUAUUUUAAGAGCACAGUUUGCCUCAAUUCAUUCAACUCUGGUUGCUUCUUAGAAAUAUAUAUUUUUUUCUAAAACAACCAUCCCGAUUUUUUUUUCCUCUCCACCCAAAUGUCGCUUUCCAGAGAAACGAAGUAAUUCAUAAUGGACCGAAUCUUGAAUAACAUAUAUAUUUAGGGAAAAUAUGGCAGGCGUUUUUACUAAAAACGUGCUCGGAUUCCUAACGGUUUACACACAUCGAUAAAUCCUGGGAGCAAUGACAAAGGCGACGGUGACGGCGACGGCAAUAAGCCCAAUAAGUAAAUGAAAAACAACAAAUUUUGCAGGUCCAGUGCGCUUUUCUUUACAACCUGUACGAACACGACCGUAAAUUCCCUUUUGCGCCGUUGUUUGGAGGACGUAAACACAGGGGCAAAUUCAAUUUCUUCUUCUGAGUCCGAACUUGGGUGCGGUCCCCAGGACAUCCGAAGGGAAGUUGGCCUAUAUUUACCAUUUUACGAGAACUGUCGGCGAUAAACGCGAAAAAGUUAACAAAAAAAACGCGCAUUCGGCAUUUUGAUAGCUAGGGACGUUUUCGUUACCCUCGCCGUCGUCGUUGCUAGGCACCCUAUAUUCAUGAAAGUGACAGUUCUAUUUUGGUUUUACUGCAAGCGGCAAAGUAUCCGGAUAAGUUGGACAAAUUGUUUAUACUACAAAACUUUGCGAAUUUACAAGGCAUCGGUUUCAAAAUCAACAGAGACUCGAACAUAGAUGGCUUAUUCUAUGCUUUGCGCCUCGAGUCUACCACAGAUCAGUCAGUAAACCCGAAACAAUGAUGCUCAUCCUAUUCCUGUUUCUUUCUUUCAAUUCUUAAUAUCACAAGGAGCAAGAGAUGAAAAGGGUGUUUAGAAACGCUGGGAAAGGAAUUCUAACGCGGCUGUCUGCAAAAACAACAUAUAAAAUCUGGGUAACGGCGUCUACAUCUAACAGAGAAGGACAGCGUUCUACUUUGACUACCGUGGAAACCUGUGAGUACUUCUUCUUUCAAAUCAAGAGUGGAUUUCUGUAUCUUUUUAACUUUGAAGUGAUAAGCCUCCGAUUUUAUUGCCUUAUAUUUUUCAUUUCUCUUGUUUCCAACUUUUGUUAGACGCUGACGAAUGUGGGUCUAGUCCCUGUAAAUACAAUGGAAAAUGUCACUUGUAUGGCGGCUCUUACAAAUGUCUAUGCGAAGAGGACUGGGAAGGACCGAGCUGUGAGAGUAAGUUUUUACUGAACUUAAUAGAUGAACUGAAAGUUAUCCCGCUAAAAGAAGUAAUAUUUAAACUAAAGGCAUUCUUUGGCAAUCUUGUCGUAAAAACUAGAAUGCAACAAACGUUAACAGUUGGCUUUUUCACUUUUCACUGCCAAGAUGAAAUGGCUGUGCGCAUGCCUAUCUUGGAGUAUGGUAGAGCAACCCUCAAAGAGCAACCUUGCUGUUUCGUUCUUCGGGGUCGUAAUCGUUAAAGGUGAACGGACGCCCUGACUUGAGAUAAGUCGUAUGAAAUGCUGCAAAGAUGCUCAAAUUCACCGUCGUUUCUUUUGGGCACGGUGUCUUGUUCUUACAGGACCUCGGUAAGAGAAUUUUUGCUUGCGUACGCAUGUAAAUUUUAAGCGUGUAAGUAAAAUAGAUGGAGGCAAUGCAUGGGAGUUCGUUUGUAAACGUAAAAGUUCACUCGCGGCUUUCAUGCAUUUUCUCUUUUGUAUUCACGCUCGUAAAUUUUACGUUCAUGCGCACGUAAAAACACAGUUCAGGGGCGGAUCCAGGAUUUUUUUUAGGAGGGGGUGCACUCGUCUCUUCCAAUAAAUCACAUAGUUUUUUUUGGCAGAAUACCAGUUGUAUUAGAAAACCGCAGGUCAUCUCGGGGGGGGGGGGGGGUGCGCACCCCCUGGACCCUCCCCCUAGAUCCGCCUCUGCAGUUGAAACCCACACUAAAAGUAGAUUUUUAUUGUUGCGUAAAUUUUACGUGGGUAUGGGUAUGAACGAAGAAAUGAAGUCUUCCUCAAUGUUCUUAUUAAGAGCGAUAUAAAAAAACUCAGAGGAUCCUAAAAUGAUCAGGAAAUGAAAGAGAGGAGAAUAAACAGUCUCGAAAAAUUACAAUACGCCACUUUCACAUUUCCCAUAAUGCACCUUAUUUGCUCCUCAAAUUUUGCAUAAGCAUUGUUUUCAAUUUCUCUUGGGACGGCUGUAAUACCCAGGAGAAAUGAAAAACAAAGGUUAUGCAACAUAUUUUUGGCGGGGGAGGGGAGGGGGCAAAUAAAGUGCAUUAUGGGAAAUGUGGAAGUGGCGUAUUGGCCGGGCCUAUAGAAUAGCAGAUGAACAGAAACACUAUUAUGGUCACAGGAGUACACAGUAAUUUUCAAAGUAACCAUUGCAAUAAAACGUAUAUCAAUAGUAGCAAAAUGACACAGAAAAAAACAAAUGAAUCAAAGUUGGCCAAAGAAACUGAACAAGAGAUUGUAAGCUCUAAUACCUCAAUAUAACAACAUCGUUACCAGGCUCUCCCUUCUGUCAACUACGAGGAUGACCUGGUUUAAUAGAAAAUAAUCUGGAAACGAGGUUCUCAGUGGAAGUGACUUAAUUAAGUGCUAUUUUCAGUUCCCGAAGGGUUUUAUAUGAAGGGGAAAAAAUGUCUUGACGCGGGAAGAGAGGGCAACUCCUCACUUUACAGCAAUGUCAGCCUGGAAUUUUGUGUUAAAGAGUGCAGAGCUAUUUCAAGGUAAAAACAAUGCAGUGAACUGAAAUUGUGCAGUGAUUAAUUUGAUUUUACCUAAAAGUUCCCCAAAGGAUAUUCACCUUCUCAAAUACCGCCAGGGACCUCCCGCUGGACAAGGAGGUUGAGGGAUCAGGGUACGAGAUAAAAGGGAUGAAAUCUAGCAUGAGAAAACAGCCGCGUGGGAAAUUUAUGUCAAUGACGCGUCAUCAGUAUGGAAUUCCUGCGCUCGUUUCUCAGUCGUCAUUUGGCGGGGAAACCAGUGGUAGCGUCGCCAAAUGUCGGCUGUUUUCUCAGGCUAGAUGAAAUAUUGAAGGCAAGGAUAGACAUUUGUUAAAAAUGAGUGACGGGGACCAUGCUAUUAUCAUGUCAUCUUUCUUAUUUUUUGUUUCAUGAAUCAUAUUUUCUGCAUCAAAGAAAUGAAAUAUAGAAAUGAGCAGCCCCAUUCUCUCUUGGCAGCCCUAUGAUAAGCAUAAAACGCAAAGCGUGGUAUUUGCUUGGCAAGGGCUUUCCCAUCUGCAUAACGUUUGCCAGACUCAGACCUAAGUCUCAUCUUAGACCGCGUUUAAAAGAACCAGUAGACCGUAACGUCUUUUUAAAAGUUUGACAUUUAAAAUAUUAGCUUUUUAGCCUGGGCUAAAUGCAUUUCCCAUCUGAUUCACGAUAAAAUAAAAGUAAUUUUGUUAGAUACUGGCUGAGCUCCGUUUCAUUAAGAACUGACAGUUAACCUAUAAUAUAUCCAUUUUUUGCAGUUGCAAAUCGUUUGAAUAUGGACUGGGGUACAACAGCAGUGGAACAUUUGUGAAUACUCUUCACAUAAAAUCUCUUGGACUCUGCAAACUGCAACAUACCAGCGUAUCACACCAACCGCUUAAAGAUUGUUCCUAUGACUACUACGAAAAGAAGCCUCCUGCAUCUUCGAGCUCGGAUGUGUUUUUAUCAAAAGCAUCAUUUACAGGACAUCUUGCUUUGAUGACUUUCGUGACAGCGAUCCUGAGUCUGAGCCCUUAAGCUCUUGUUUGAUUGUUGAUUUUGGCAAAUUAAGCGACCACAAGUUAAGAAAUAACGACAAACGCUCAUUGGAAUUUAGCUUGCAGGCAGGCGUUUUCAGACGGGCGCGCGAGAACUUGGAUUUUCAGGGGUUGUUAUCGCACUUUCUACUCUGUCAAUUUAUUCUGACUUCAAAAUCAAUCCACUUAGGGGAUACUGAGGCUCGCUCGCUCGCCAUACACCCCCCCCCCCCUUCCACACAAACACACACACACACGAUAAACCAUAAUACGCGAGUGCUAUUGGUUGAUUAUUAUUCGACGUAAAAAAGACUGCAGGAAGGAAUUCCACUUGCGCGUACAGCGAGGAUACGUAUACCAGUUUACCAGUUGAUGCAUUAUGCACCCUGAGGAUACAUAUAUAUGUAGAAACAAGCUCGAUUGCGUUGGUUCGCGUUCACAAACACAUGUAUAGUAAACUUUCACCUCCUUAAUUGCCGCUUAAUUAAAGCUCUUGAACUAUAUUGAGUUUAAUUGUGCAUAUUCGCUUUCUGAUUCCCAUACAGCCACCUUGGCCAUGAACGACCAGUCUUGAAAAGCGAUUUAUCUCAAGAAAUUUUCCCCGUAAGGAGG